AUGACACCUUAUUCCAUACUUCUUCUUGUGGUGUGGUUCCUCACGGCCAAAGCCAUAGUGUCAACCGCAGGGAAACCGUCCCUCCACAACUUAGCAUGGAUGGUUUAUAUGAAAACCGUCAAGGGUGGGACCCAUGUCAAGUUGCACGAUAAGAAACAAGAAUUGAUUGCUAUCAACAAGGAAAAGAAAGCCAUUAGCGCCCAAGAUGAAUAUGCCAAAUGGACCAAAUUGAAUAGGAAAGCCGACAAGUUAUCCACCGAAAUCACCCAAUUACAACUGGAAGUGAAUAUAGACAGAACUAAAGUUAACAAGUUGAUCGAUUGGAUAUUCACCAUUUUAAUAACCAUCCCCAUUUGGUUCUGUAGAGUCUGGUACCGGAAAUCCUUAUUGUUUUAUUUACCUUCAGGUGUUUUACCAUACCCUUUGGAAUGGGCUUUGGCUUUACCUUUUGGGUUAACUGGUGCGGUUGGAAUGUCGGUAUGGAUGUUUGCUGUUAACCAGGUGAUUUCAUCUGUAAUCUUCUUGGUGUCGUUUCCUUUGAAGCCAUCAGUCAGUGCUCCAUCUAAAGAAGAAGCCGUCAAUAAUAAAAAUAACAAAUAG